CAAACCAACCAAUAUUUUUGUUUUCCCUUCUCUUUCUCUGUGCAAAAAACACAAGUGAAAAGGAAAGAUCAAUAAACAUGAAUUACUAGUAAUUCCAUUGAAGAAACUACAAAAAAAGUUCAAAAAUCAAGAAAUUCUAUCAAAAAUAUUUCUUCAUUUGGUGGUCAUGAAAACAGAGCAAAAAUUAUCCAAGUCUUCGUGGACUAAAAAGGUAGUUAGGAAAUGGUUGAAUAUGAAGAGCAAAUCUGAGGAAUUUCAUUCAGAUCAUAUAAUAGAUGUGAUGGGUGGUAGAGGAGAAAGAAGAAGAAAGAGUUGUUCGGAUGACGGGAGUUGCGCCGUCGUGCCGGAGGAAUUAUCCGAAAGUUGGUUGAUGGGAGGAAAUGGAGGAAUUGAAGAGCAAAUAUUGGAGAAAGAGACAUCCACUCAUCAAAACCUUAGGAUGUUCGUGGGGACAUGGAAUGUAGGAGGCAAGUCACCACAUGAAGAGUUGAACUUAGGUGAUUGGUUGAAUUCCACUGCGCCGGCUGAUAUUUAUGUGCUCGGGUUCCAGGAAAUUGUCCCUCUAAAUGCAGGCAAUGUAUUAGGUCCAGAGAACAGUGGACCAGCUGCCAAGUGGCUUUCAUUGAUUCGCCAAACUUUAAACAACGACACUAACACGCCUGAUCUUUCUCCUAAUUACAUUAACACCCCAAAAUCCAAGCAAAAAAGUUCAUCCUUGCCCCUUGAUGACUUGAACCAACAACAAUCUAGUCCGAAACCAAGGGCAAGCUUCUCGGAUUUGAUCAAAUUGGAGAAUGAAUUCGAACGAGAUGAUUGGGAGAGGCUCAUGAGAAUGAAUGACGAUGUAUCACCUAGUCCAAAUUGCACGUCGAAUAGAUAUAGCUCUUCUAGUCAAGGGCAAAAUAGAUAUUGCUUGGCCGCAAGCAAACAAAUGGUUGGGUUAUUUUUAUGCAUAUGGACUCGUACUGACUUGUAUCGACACAUUAGCAACUUGAAAGUUUCGUGUGUUGGAACAGGCAUCAUGGGCUAUCUUGGAAAUAAGGGUUCAAUAUCGAUCAGUAUGACAUUGCAUCACAAGACGUUUUGUUUCGUUUGUACUCAUUUGGCAUCGGGAGAGAAAGAAGGCGAUGAGAUUAAAAGAAAUUCCGAUGUCAUGGAAGUAUUGAAGAAAACAAGAUUCUCCCAUAGUAGGGUUAUUGGAAAACCUCUUCCUCCCUAUCACAUUUUGGAUCACGACAAGAUAAUUUGGCUUGGAGAUUUGAAUUAUCGUCUUACAUCGGGCUGCGAGGACACGUACGAGUUGGUUAAAAAUAGUGACUGGAAAGCACUUCUAGAAAAAGAUCAGCUAAGGAUAGAGCAAAGAGCAGGAAGAAUAUUCAAUGGUUGGAAAGAAGGAAGAAUUUACUUUGCACCAACAUACAAAUACCUCUAUAAUUCUGAUCAUUAUGUAGCUCAUACUUGUUCAUCCAAGGAAAAGAGAAGGACCCCUGCCUGGUGUGACAGGAUACUAUGGAAAGGUGAAGGACUUAAACAAAUAUGUUAUGUUAGAGGUGAAUCAAAAUUCUCGGAUCACAGACCAGUUUAUUCACUUUUCUCAGUAAAUAAUCAUAUUACCUCAAAUUACCUCAGUAAAAAAGAAUAUUUUACCACCCUUUAGUUCCAAAAGCCCGAAAUCACUCAAUAAUUAGAGUCCAAAAGCCUGAAAUCCGUCAGCUGCUCGGCCCGGCCCGGCCCGUUCGAUUAACUAAGGAUAUUUUGCUUUUUUGACAAAUGACAGUCUACACGCGGGCCCGACCUGGCCUGCCCGGCCCGAAGUUUUCUGAAUUUUUUUAAUGGUUUAGAAGAUUGUUGCAUUAGUGGAUUCUGAUAAAGUGACAUGCGGGUGUAGCGUGCUUGGUGGCAAGCGUGGUGGGGUUUUGACACGUGGCUAUCAAGAAAUGAUGUUUGGUAUUGCCAUGACCCUAGUUGAUAAUAGCAAUUGUUUGUUUGUUUUUUUAUUUUUUGGUAUUUUUGUAUUUGGGAAAGGAAGAAAAGUAAAGUUGGAAGGCCUAAUUAUGGCAAAUGUAAACAGAAGUUUUUUUGGUUUUUUUUUGGUUUGUUGAAAUAUUGGUUUAAGAACUUGAGGGAAGAAGAGCAUAUAUGGCCUCUCAUCAACUUUGUAAUAUCAAUAUUUUUGGUUCUUUAAAUGAAUUUCUUUUC